UUGCAGAAACUGGCCUUCCAUCUCUCUCAGACACCAAGCUGCAGAUCCAGGCUUUUCUGAGAAAGUGAGGCCACCAUGGCUCUGGAUAAGUCUGUCAUCCUGCUCCCUCUGCUUGUCCUGGUGCUGCUGGUGCUGGGCUGGGCCCAGCCUUCCCUAGGCGGGGAAUCCCGGGCCGAGAAAUUCCAGCGGCAGCACAUGGACUCAGGCAGUUCCCCCAGCAGCAGCUCCACCUACUGCAACCAAAUGAUGAAGCGCCGGAAUAUGACACAGGGGCGGUGCAAACCAGUGAACACCUUUGUGCACGAGCCCCUGGUAGAUGUCCAGAAUGUCUGCUUCCAGGAAAAGGUCACCUGCAAGAACGGGCAGACCAACUGCUUCAAGAGCAAUUCCAGAAUGCACAUCACAGAGUGCCGCCUGACAAACGGCUCCAGGUACCCCAACUGUGCAUACCAGACCAGCCCGAAGGAGAGACACAUCAUUGUGGCCUGUGAAGGGAGCCCGUAUGUGCCAGUCCACUUCGAUGAUUCUGUGGCGGACUCAACCUAAGCUCAGAGCAGCGAGAUACCCCACCUCCCUCAACCUCAUCCUUUCCACAGCUGCCUCCCCUCUUCCUUCCCUGCUGUGAAAGAAGUAACUCCAGUUAGGGCUCCUAUUCAACACACUCAUGCUUCCUUUUCCUGAGUCCCACCCCUGCGUGAUUUUGGGGGUGAAGAGUGGGUUGUGAGGUAGGCCCCAUGUUAACCCCUCCACUCUUUCUUUCAAUAAAACACAGUUGCAAGCAAAAAAAAAAAAAAAAAAAAAAAAAAA